GUGCAGAGAGGCAGAAAAACAGCACAGCAAAGUGGCAACAUGAAAAUCCUGUUGUUAAAUCUCCUUCUGCUUGGUUUUGUGGUAAAUGGUCAAGAACCAGGCAAGAAGCAUCUGAACAAGAGCCGCUUUCUCCUGGUUUUCCCCCCUCCCAGCCCUUCCAGCUGUUCCAGCUUCAACUCUGGAUUGCGGAUAGGAAAGCAAGACUAUCAGUACAAAAAAGAGAGAGAGAGAGGGUCAUUUUUGAAUGCGUAAAGGAUGGGUUCUCAUAACAGUACAACGUCUGCUCUGUCUGCAAAUAUUGGAAGCUCUCCAACUGGAGCUGAUUUUGCUGUCAUUGGAGGUGUCAUUGCAGCUGUGGCUUUUGUCUUGAUUUGCCUCUUGGUGGUGAUGCUGAGAUACAUGUACCGGCACAAGGGCACCUACCACACCAAUGAAGCAAAGGGAACCGAAUUUGCCGAAAGCGCAGAUGCCGCUUUGAAAAACGACCCUACCCUCCAUGAAGCCAUGGAUGACAGCCGGAAAGAAUAUUUCAUCUGAGAGCAAAGGCAACCUCACUGAGACAUACUUAGUCAUUCUCUCCUCCUUCCCAAGGGAAUCAAUCAGAGACACGACAUCAAAAAGCAUCAGGAUAUGGAGAUUGCACAGAGGAGAACAAGGGGUCUAAUUGAAAUAUUGCCGCUUGCCCCUGAAAAGGACUAAACACCAGAUCCAUGGCUGUUUAUUUGAUUAGCAGCACAGCUCAGUUGAAUUAUCAGAUCAGGAGAAACAAAAAUCUUAGGAUGAGUGACUGACUGAUAGCAGAUAACAGCAUCAAAUGUCAAACCUUGACAUUUGGCAACAAAUAGCAAGUACUAAUGGAAAGCAUCCUCAUAGACUCAUUGAUCCAGCCUUCACUGAUACGAUACCUGAAAGUUAAUUUUAAGUGGCAAUACAAGAAGUGUUGUGAUGCAUAAAACAGAGGAUCCUGGCACAAAGACUCCUGUGCUGUAGUCUUGAUAUCUUGUUUUUCUUAACAUGCAUAAGCUUGACAGUGUGAACAUAUAUGUAGGUUUGUUUUCAGGAGGCUGUUCUGAUUUUUUUUUAAAAAACAAAAGGAUCUCAAGGAAAAUACUAGGAAAAUGCUGAGGAAAGUUUUCAAAUUAAAAGAUUUUAUUAAAGGA